AUGAAUACUUUUCCCGCAAGGGAGAGAGGGGCGGUGCGCCUAGCCGCGCGGCCUCACCGGGUGCGUGGCGGUGAUGUGCUGCAGCAUGUUGUCGACGGUGCGCUUGGGGGUGUCGCACUUGCGGUAGUCGCCCCAGCGCCCCGCCGCCUGCUUGGCCGUCUGCGCCAGCCCGUUGGUGAGGCGGCAGCACAGCGGCUCGUUGCAUACGGGUCGAACACCUUGAAGAGCGGCGUAAGAAGCCCAUUCAUUGAUACAAAGGCCCAGCCGCCGGCUGCCAUCUGCCCGCCCCCCUCGGCGGGUCGGCGCGGGGCACAGGCAGGCCCGUCGUCUGUCCGUUGCGCAACGCCGCUCGGCCCUGCGCUGAAUAAAUGCCCCCUGGCUAUCGCGCGCCUCCCUGCCACCCCGCGGCGGAAGCUGCGGCGGCGCCGCCGCCGCCGCCGCCGCCGCUUGGAGACAGACGGGGCCGUUGGCUGUUUAAAUUUUGUGGUGGAUGUGGUGGUGGGAGAAUGUGAAACGGUGACAGAAAGACCAGUUCAGAAAUGGGGAGGAAGACUAAGAUGGGAACCGGAGCAGGUAGUGGAACUACGAUACGGGCGAAGAAGGGACUGGGGCGAGGAUGAAGAUGUGUGUUGA